GCUGGUGAAGUGAAGUGCCUGGUACACACCCUGCUGUGCCCACCACCCUCAGGGUCUCACAGGGAGGUGUCCCCGCCGUCCCCACGGUGCCAACCGGCGCCAGGGCCAGGCCAGCCCCCAGGCUCACCCCGUGACGGCGCGGUGCAUUGCCCGUGGAAAAUGCCAGCGCGGUCAAAUCGUUGAAUCAUUUGUGCCCAAGAUUAUCUGUGCAAACAGCCGCCUCGAUUAUUUUUUUUUUUUUAAUUAUCAAAUUUUUUUUUCUUUUUCCCUAAGAAUGUGGUUCAGACCAUGGGGAUGAGCAGCUGAAAUCUCCGGGGAUCAGCAGGACAAUGCCAGAGCAAGCAUUGUGCUGACAGCUCUGCAAAUGCUGGCACCGCUUCCCGGCCAGCAGUACCCUAUAAAAGCUGAGCCGCUGAAGUAGGCAAACAUUACAUGGGCGAAGCAGCAGUACCCGCCUGAGCUAGACACCGAUCCAGCAGCAAAGAUGGCUCAGACAAACCCUCUGCCUGUUCCCAUGGGCCCGUGGAAGAUCACCGUGUACGACCAAGAAAACUUCCAGGGCAAGAGGAUGGAGUUCACUUCGGCCUGCCCAAACAUCAUGGAAUGUGGCUUCGACAACAUCCGCUCCCUGAAGGUGGAAUGUGGCGCCUGGGUGGGUUACGAGCACACCGGAUUCUGCGGGCAGCAGUUCAUCCUGGAGAGGGGAGAGUACCCGCGCUGGGACGCCUGGAGCGGCAGCAAUGCCUACCACAUCGAGAGGCUGAUGUCCUUCCGCCCCGUCUGCUCCGCUAAUCACAAGGAAUCCAAGAUCACCAUUUUUGAGAAAGACAACUUCAUCGGCCGCCAGUGGGAGAUUGCUGACGACUACCCCUCGCUGCAGGCCAUGGGCUGGGCCAACAACGAAGUGGGCUCCAUGAAGAUCCAGUGUGGCGCCUGGGUGUGCUACCAGUAUCCCGGGUACCGUGGCUACCAGUACGUCCUGGAGUUUGACCACCACGGUGGAGACUACAAGCACUGGAGAGAGUGGGGUUCGCACGCCCAGACCUCCCAGAUCCAAUCCAUCAGGCGUGUCCAGCAGUAGCUCCCCCACUUCCCAGUACAUCUCUGCAAGGUUUCAAAAGCUCACCGGCUCCCUCUUGGUGCUAAUACUCCCCUCCCAAAAUAACCACCCCCUCUCGUACUGCCACUGCUUAUGGAACAACACUCCCAAAACGGUACCGACCGCCACAACUGCCAAUAAAUGUGACUGAAAGAAAAAGA